UCCUUCUUCGUGGGCACUGCCAUGGAGUUUUUGCACCAUGAGCAAAAUCAGCGAGGUCGUGCAGCGGGCCAGGGCCGCCUUCAACUCGGGCAAGACUCGCCCGCUGCAGUUCCGGAUCCAGCAGCUGGAGGCGCUGCGGCGCAUGAUCAAGGAGCACGAGAAGGACCUGGCGGGCGCGCUGACCGCGGACCUACACAAGAAUGAGUGGAACGCCUACUACGAGGAGGUGGUGUAUGUCCUGGAGGAGAUCGAGUACAUGAUCAAGAAACUCCCUGAGUGGGCUGCAGAUGAGCCCGUGGAGAAGACUCCCCAGACCCAGCAGGACGAGUGUUACAUCCACUCGGAGCCCCUGGGUGUGGUCCUCAUCAUCGGCACCUGGAACUACCCCUUCACUGUCACCAUCCAGCCCAUGGUGGGUGCCAUUGCUGCAGGGAAUGCAGUGGUCAUCAAGCCCUCGGAGCUGAGUGAGAACAUGGCAAACCUGCUGGCCACCAUCAUCCCUCAGUACCUGGACAGGGACCUGUACCCGGUGAUCAGUGGGGGCAUCCCUGAGACCACAGAGCUGCUCAAGGAGAGGUUUGACCACAUCCUGUACACGGGGAACACCGCCGUGGGGAAGGUCAUCAUGAUGGCUGCAGCCAAGCACCUGACACCCGUCACGCUGGAGCUGGGGGGAAAGAACCCCUGCUACGUGGACAAAGACUGUGAUCUGGACAUUGCCUGCAGACGCAUUGCCUGGGGGAAAUUCAUGAACAGCGGCCAAACCUGUGUGGCCCCUGACUACAUCCUCUGUGACCCCUCCAUCCAGAACCAAAUUGUGGAGAAGCUCAAAAAGGCGCUGAAAGAGUUCUAUGGGGAGGAUGCCAAGAAGUCCCGUGACUACGGAAGGAUCAUCAAUUCCCGGCACUUCCAGAGGGUGAUGGGUCUGAUGGAGGGCCAGAAGGUCGCCUAUGGAGGCACUGGGGACGCGGCCACCCGAUACAUAGCCCCCACCAUCCUCAUAGACGUGGAUACCCAGUCCCAGGUGAUGCAGGAGGAGAUCUUCGGGCCCGUGAUGCCCAUCGUGUGCGUGCGCAGCCUGGAGGAGGCCAUCCAGUUCAUCAACCAACGCGAGAAGCCCCUGGCUCUCUACGUGUUCUCUCUAAACGACAAGAUGAUUAAGAAGAUGAUUGCAGAGACAUCCAGCGGUGGGGUGACAGCCAAUGACGUCAUCGUCCACAUUUCUGUGCACUCCCUGCCUUACGGGGGUGUGGGCAACAGCGGCAUGGGAUCCUACCACGGCAAGAAAAGCUUUGAGACCUUCUCCCACCGCCGCUCCUGCCUGGUGAGGCCUCUGCUGAAUGACGAGUCUCUCAAAGCCAGAUACCCCCCGAGCCUGGCCAAGAUGACCCGUCACUGAGAUGCACCUGGCCUCUCCGCGCUACACCCCUGCCUCU